CCAGGUAAAAUCCGGAGUCAUGGCGACUCAACCCACCGCCUCGUAACCGGAAACAACUGCUUCUUCCCCCCUACCAAAUUCCCUGAAUUUCAAGCUCAGUAAAAUGUUUUUCCGCUUUUCCCUUCUGUUUCCUCUCUUUUUCCCCAUCUACUCCUCUCAUUCCUUCCCCAAAACCCUCGUCGGCGCCAACCACACCUCUGCCCGCUUCUGCUCUCGCUAGCCGCCCCCGGUUUUUCUGACUUGUUUAGGGAUUCACGAUUUUCUCUUCUCCCCUUUCCAAGAAACAAAACCAAAUCAAUUGUGAUCGUCAUAGAAACAGAUUUUUGAAAUCUAGAGGCAUUGUUAUUGUCAUCCAUGCAGCCUGCCAUUGGGAAGCCGAGCUUCUUCCGGAACAUUCUGGUGCGGCUGCUUUUAUUCGGUGUUUUCAUCAUAGUCGUCCGAUUCGCUUACAUUGUCACUAUAACCGGCGAGUCGUGCAAUCGCGGCGACUUUUGUUUCUUCUCAUUGCCGGAGAAUCUGAACUUGGUAAUCGCUAAUGCUGGUCCCAGCGUUUCUGCUAUCUUUGGGAGCGAUGCUGUUUCUCGAUCUAAUAAUCCUCGGCUCGAUCUCUACACAUCCAAAGAUUGGAUCAAGGCUGUCAAUUACUACUCUUCCGUUUUUCAAGAUCUGAUAUCUCAGGGUUACCUCUCACCGAAUUCGAAGUCUCUCUGCGUGGAGACGCCCAGCGGGCAGGAGGUUUUCGCUUUGAAAGAGAUAGGCGUGAAGAACUCGAUCGGGAUUUUCAAAAAAGCGUCGAAGCCCCUGGUGAUUUCGGGGGAGGGGCAUCGAAUACCAUUCGCUAACAAUACCUUUGACUUCAUAUUCUCCGGCGGUGCUCGCCUUGACAAAUCGGCUUGGCCGUCGGAGUUUGCUUUCGAAAUCACAAGGACGCUGAAGCCCGAAGGGUUUCUGGUGGCCCAUGUCAAAGCCAAAGAUAAGUAUAGCUUCAAUUCUUUCCUUGAUUUCUUUGAUUCUUGCGAGUUAGUGAAAAUGCGCCAUAUAGAUGGUUUCGAUUCUUCCCUGCCUUAUAUUAGGGAAAUUGUGAUGAAGAAAAAGGGUGAAAUUCCUGAGCAUGGGGAUAACAAUCCUGGUGGCGAUUCUGAUAAUGAGUGCACCGUUCCGGAGCAUAAACGAGACCUGAUCCGGAAUGCGGAGCCACUGAUUACAGAGGAGCCUUUGAAGCCAUGGAUUACCUUGAAAAGGAACAUUCAGAACAUUAAGUACUUGCCAUCAAUGGUUGAUAUAAGUUUCAGGAGUAGAUAUGUUUAUGUGGAUGUUGGAGCUAGGAGCUAUGGUUCUAGUAUAGGGAGUUGGUUCAGGAAACAAUACCCGAAACAGAAUAGAACUUUUGGUAUAUACGCUAUUGAGGCUGAUAGAACUUUUCAUGAAGAGUAUGCACUGAAGAAGAAGGUUACAUUACUGCCUUAUGCAGCUUGGAUAAGGAAUGAGACACUGUCUUUUGAGGUGAAUAGUGACCCGACCCAUCCGGGGCUGGAAGAUGUGAAGGAUAAAGGUAGAGGCAUGGGUAGGAUUCAACCGAAGAUGUCAACUGGAUAUGUGGUUGAUGGAGAGGUGGAUGAGAUUCAGGGGUUUGAUUUUGCAGAGUGGUUAAAGAAUACAGUUACAGAGAAGGACUUUGUGGUGAUGAAGAUGGAUGUUGAAGGAACAGAAUUCGAUUUGAUUCCGAGGUUGUUUGAAACAGGAGCCAUCUGUUUGAUUGAUGAGAUCUUCCUUGAAUGCCAUUACAAUAGAUGGCAGAGGUGUUGCCCUGGUCAACGGAGUACAAAAUAUGAGAAAACUUAUGGCCAGUGCUUGGACCUCUUUACUUCUCUCAGGGAAAGUGGAGUUCUCGUCCAUCAAUGGUGGUGACUGGUACCCAUUAUGCAUAUUCUGUAAUUGUUGUUAUUUAUUUGUUCUUUAACUUCAUAGGUUUUUUCUCUCACUCCAAAAAUUUACAUCCAAAAGUCUUGUAGGAUAAAUUUGUAGUUAACUUUCUUCAUUUCUUGUAUUCAUUUUCCUUCUAAUUGUAAGAGAUG